AUGUCGAAAAUAAAGUGUGAUGUCGAAAAGUGCCACCCCUGCAAGAAUUGUGAGAAGAGCGCCGUUCAGUGCACUUUGGUCGGUCCCACCAUGCGCCCUCCUCGAAACAUCUCUGGAUCGUCUUCGGCUGCUGCUGCUGCUGCAGUCGCCAUGGCUAUGGCCACCGCAGCGGCUGUCAAUGCUCAAUCCGGGACGGGAGUAUUCAAUGGGUUGGGCAUUGAGGGGGCCUCGACGGAGGGUGACGGUAACACAGUUCGCCUGACCCAGAGUCAGGACCAAAGCGCGCAGAGUACAGGCACAAACUCGGUCAUGGGACAGGAUGUAGGAGGGGCGAGACCACCAGGAUUGCUUCUCAGGAGAGCGAGUGCUUCAGGACAGCUCAUGCGUGUGGACGACGACGUAUCGACGAACGCGGGAGACGACGGUCCCCAACCAAAGAGGAGUCUUAUGAACUCAUCCUCAUCACCCACCUCACUGCGAACCCUAUUCAAUGCUGGGGCCGCGACAGACGAUACUUCGAUUACAGCUUCAAUGCAGCCUCUCCUUCAGUCGGGAUCAUCCAUCACCAACACAACCGAGAGUACAUCGACCAUGGAGACCAAGGCUGCCGGGGACGAAAUAUCCAUGGAGAUGAACAGCAGCAACAGCAACAGCAACAGCAGCACCAACUUUGACUACUUUGAUACCCAAAUCUCCUACUCCGUUCCCUCCAGCUCGUCUUCGACACCCUCUGGCGCAGCAAUGACAAGUGGCGCAACUCAGUUCAACUACCCACUCGAUACCUCCUAUAGCACUGUCGCCCACCUUAUAUCCCCACUGUCCUCCCCUCUCUGCCACGCACAAGCAUCAUUGCCACCAACACCAUUACACUUUGUUGCAGAGAGGCUACCAGAGAGUCUUCUUUCCAGUUCGCCUGGAGUCUCCUUGGCGAGGUUUCCGCCUGGUAACACCCAGUUCCAACCCACCGCAGCCUAUUCUCGCCAUGGAGUUCCUCGACGUGCAUCAAGUUCGUCUUUCCUACCUUCUCAUACACCUCUGGAGAGCGAGCCAAAGACACAUCACGACAGGCGUACAUCGGCGCCUUGGGCAGGCUACGGCCAUUCACAAUCACCAACGUUUGACGGCAGGACUUUCAACCAGGUACAACAUCAACAACAGCAACAACAGCAACAACAGCAACAGCAACAGCAACAGCAACAAAAAGUAGGACUAAGUGGAGGCCAUAGUCUACCAUACAGCGCUUUGCGGACAGUCAUGGGUCGUCAUGCCACCACGGACGAUAUUCCACACUACCCACCUCAGUCCGUGCUUAUGCGGUCUAACAGCACUCCAGCUGCCUUGCGUUCGCCUCUGAAAGCGCUCAAUCGAAAUCGACACAGCGCACUGCCGUCAAGACGAUCUCAUGCAGGAUCUUCGCGACAGUCACUUAAUCUCUACGCCUCAACAGACAAGGUCAUUCAGGAUCUAUCGCUCCCACAACAGCUCUACCGACACUCGGCUCUACCGCAACGACACACGAAUAGUAUGAGCCAUCUACAAUUUCAGCUCCAUCUCCAACAACUGCAGCUCUCCCAGCAGAACGCCCAGAACGCCCAAAACGCCCAGAGUACCCGCAAUGUUCAGAGUUCUCGGACAACCCAGCACACACAACAACAACAGGCCCACCACUCUCAGCGGAGUCAGUCACUUCCACGGUUUCAGCAAGAUCGAACCCGGAUCCUACCCUCGCAACGACAGCACCAACAGCAGCACCUACAACAACCGCAACAAUACCAGAUGCCUUGGCUGGGCUUCCAGGAGACAGACGUACGGCUCGACAUGGGCGCCAAUGGCGCUUACCCUGGGAUGCUGAACAACCCAUUUAGUCCUGGGAACAUAUUGAUGCGCCACUCCGAGGCCACGAAUGUCAUCUCCCCUGUCAAUCUCCAGAGCCCCACCCAACUGGAUGCAGCCGAUUUUCAAUCACUUUCCGGCGCAAUGUCCACUGGAUUUGACCCGACCCUGACCGACACUCCAGGCGCAUCUGUGCCUCAAACUGAUUUCAUAAUGCAGCAGCAGCAACCACAAGAGCAACAACGGCUUCCUCGGGACCAGACGCCUAAACUCCAAUUUGCUGCGGGCUACAUGUGGCGACAGGAGGAGGGCUCCGAGCGCGCGUCACCAGGCCCUGGACAGGGACACGCUCGGCAUCAGAGUGCAUCCCAGGUGUAUUCUCAUCAGCAGAUGCACUUGCAGUCUGCCCAACAAAAGGCGAUGUUGACGCGGUCGUUGCAGGACUUGUCUCACUAUGCACCUCCACAUCAACAACGGCUGGCUGAGCAGGCUGGGCUAUUACGGGACGAACCACUCGCAAUCCCUCCGACGGUUGAACAAGGGAUGGCGCAGGACACAUUUGAUGCCUCUCUUGCGCUCGUUUUGGAUGAUCAUCUGAGCCUUUUGGAUGACAUGGAGGUGGUACCCGAGCUGAACGAGUAUGAAGAGAUGGCGGAUUCUACACUGACGCCUACUGCGCAGAUGAACGAAAGUAACGCGCUUCCUACGUCGACAGCUCCCCUUGGUCUCGAGCAGCCGCUUGUUGGAGCGACUCCUGUGUACCACAGCAUCCAAGGCACGACGACCCAUACGCACGACUCCAUUAUCAUGAGCACAGAUGAGUUCAAGGAAGGGAUCGGCAAUGUGGAGGCGAGCGCCAACCUGUUUCAUUUCCAAGGAGAUCCGUACUACAUGGACACGCUGUCGUUCCUCGACCUCUCGGGCAACUUUAUGCAGUCGGCUGCUGGGAUGCCAACAGGAUCGACAGCAGCAGCAUCAACGUCAUCGGCUACGGCGACAUCGUCCUCGUUGCCCAAUACGAGCUUCCUGGACCAGCAGGCAGCGCGAAUAUACCAAGGGCUUGUACCCAACUUUCAUGCACAGGCACCACUCCCUCCGGGGUUGAACGUUCCGACAACCCAGCAUGGCCAGCAUGGCCAGCAACAUCAGGAUCAGCCUCCACCGCAGCAACACAUUAUCCACCACCAGCAUCACCACCACCACCAUGUCCACCUCCAUUAG